AUUUGAGCUCAUUCGUUUUUUUUUCUGUUUUUGUUUUUUCCCAAAUCGCUCCUUCAGUUUGUGUCGUGUCGCAACCACGCAAAACCGCCCUUCUCCCCUGCUUCGUUUGAUUCUCAACCACCCAACCCCACUCUAACUCAAAACACAAAUGUCUGCCAAAGCCAUCCGUGAAGCCGCGGGCAAGCAGCUGCUGUCCAACUUCCUGCCUGCCUUCACCACGAGCGCCGCUGCCGAUGGUGCGAGCCAAGUCUACCUGCAAAACCGCGUCGUCUCGAUCACCAAGACGACCGAUCUCGCAACGCUGGGCGAGGCGCACCCUUGGCUGCUGACGACGCCGCUCGUCGUCAAGCCAGACCAGCUCAUCAAGCGCCGUGGCAAGCUCGGCCUCAUCAAGGUCAACACGGACCUCGCCGGCGCCGUCCAGUGGAUUACCGAGCGUCGCAACAAGAGCUUCAACAUUGGCGCCGUCGAAGGCACCUUGGACACGUUCAUCAUUGAGCCGUUCGUGCCCCACGAAGCCUCGGACGAGUACUACAUUUGCAUUCUGUCCGAGCGCGACGGCGACGAAAUCCUCUUCCACCAUGAGGGCGGCGUCGACAUUGGCGACGUGGAUGCCAAGGCCGUCCGCCUGAUGGUCAACGUCAAGGAAAUUGGUGCGCAGUCCGUCACCCCGCAGCUCAUCCGCGAGCAGCUCUUGCAGAAGGUGCCCGCUGCCCGUCAAGAGUUCCUUGCCAACUUUAUCCACUCCCUGUACAAGCUCUACGUUGCUCUCUUCUUCACCUACCUCGAGAUCAACCCCUUGGUCGUGGUCGGCACCCAGGUGCACGUGCUCGAUCUUGCGGCCAAGCUCGACCAGACGGCCGAGUUUGAGUGCAAGCCCUACUGGGCCGAGAAGAUUGAGUUCCCCCCGCCGUUCGGUCGCGAGGCGUCGGCUGAGGAGCGCUACAUUGCCGAACUCGACCAAAAGUCGGGCUCGUCGCUCAAGCUCACCAUCCUCAACCGCAAGGGUCGCAUCUGGACGAUGGUUGCUGGCGGUGGUGCCUCGGUCGUCUACAGCGACACCAUUUGCGACCUUGGCGGUGCUGCCGAGCUGGCCAACUAUGGCGAGUACUCUGGCGCCCCCAGCGAGUCGCAGACCUACGAGUACGCCAAGACCAUCCUCAAGUGCAUGACCGACGAGCGCGACGAGCGCGGCAAGGUGCUCAUCAUUGGCGGUGGCAUUGCCAACUUUACCAACGUUGCCGACACCUUCAAGGGCAUUGUCCGCGCCCUCAAGGAAUUCCAAAAGCUCAUUGUCGAGCACGGCAUCAGCAUCUAUGUUCGCCGUGGUGGCCCCAACUACCAAGAGGGUCUCCGCAUCAUGCGCGACCUCGGCGAGACCCUUGGCGUCCCGAUCCACGUCUACGGCCCGGAGACCCACAUGACUGCCAUUGUCGGCAUGGCGCUCGGUCUGUUUGAGUCGCCCGAGGCUGCCGAGGCCAGCAAGCAGAAGGCCAUCCAGCCCUCGGUCACCGAGACGCUGUUUGCUGACGGCAAGACCCACCGUGCCACCUUCACUGGCAGCGGCCGCCCCGUCCUGCACAAGCACGACGACCUGCCCGCCAUCGACCCCACCUUCAAGCCCCUCUUCUCGACGUCGACGCGCAGCAUCAUCUUUGGCAUGCAGCCCCGCGCCGUCCAAGGCAUGCUCGAUUUCGACCACGUCUGCCGCCGCGAGCGCCCGUCGGUCGCCGCCAUGGUCUACCCGUUCUCUGGCGAUCACACCCAAAAGUACUACUGGGGCUCCAAGGAGAUUCUCGUGCCCUGCUACCAGCGUCUGUCGGACGCCAUCAAGGCGCACGCCGACGCCGACGUUGUCAUCAACUUUGCCUCCUUCCGCUCGGCCUACGCGACCACCCUCGAGGCCCUCCAGUUCCACAAGCAAAUCCGCACGAUCGCCAUCAUUGCCGAGGGCAUCCCCGAAAACCGCACUCGCGAUCUCAUCUUCAAGGGCCGCGAGGUUGGUGUCACGGUCAUUGGCCCUGCCACCGUCGGCGGCAUCAAGCCCGGCUGCUUCCGAAUUGGCAACACUGGUGGCAUGCUGGACAACAUCAUGACCUCCAAGCUCUACCGCGCCGGUUCGGUCGCCUACGUGUCGCGCUCUGGCGGCAUGUCCAACGAGCUCAACAACAUUAUCUCGCGCACCACCAACGGUGUCUACGAGGGUGUCGCCAUCGGCGGUGACCGCUACCCCGGUACGACCUUCAUUGAUCACCUCUUCCGCUACCAGGCCGACCCCGAAGUCAAGAUGCUCGUCCUGCUCGGUGAGGUUGGUGGCACGGAAGAGUACGACAUUUGCGACGCCAUCAAGAGCGGCAAGCUCACCAAGCCCCUCGUCGCCUGGUGCAUUGGCACCUGCGCCUCCAUGUUUACCUCCGAGGUCCAAUUCGGCCACGCCGGUGCAUGCGCCAACGCGGACAACGAGACUGCCGUUGCCAAGAACAAGGCUCUUCGCGACGCUGGCGCCAUUGUCCCCUCGUCGUUCGACUCGCUCGACACGGCCAUCCGUGCCACCUACGAUCAGCUCAAGCAGGCUGGCAUCAUUGUGCCCAAGCCCGAGCCGCCGGUGCCCUCGGUGCCGAUCGAUUUCGCCUGGGCAAAGGAGCUCGGCCUGAUCCGCAAGCCCGCCAACUUUGUCUCGACCAUCUCGGAUGAGCGCGGCGAGGAGCUGCUGUACGCCGGCAUGCCCAUCUCCAAGGCCUUCCAGGACGACAUUGGCGUUGCCGGUGUGCUCUCUCUGCUGUGGUUUAAGCGUCUGCUGCCCGACUAUGCUUGCAAGUUUAUCGAAAUGUGCCUGAUGGUCACUGCGGAUCACGGCCCUGCCGUCUCUGGCGCCCACAACACGAUCGUCACCGCUCGCGCAGGCAAGGACUUGGUGUCGUCCCUCUGCUCUGGUCUGCUCACCAUUGGUGACCGCUUUGGCGGUGCUCUGGAUGAGGCGGCCCAGCAGUUCUCGGAAGCCUACGACGCCGGUCUGACCCCCGCGCAGUUUGUUGCCAAGCUCCGUUCCGAGAACAAGCUCAUCAUGGGUGUCGGCCACAAGGUCAAGUCCGUCACCAACCCCGACAUGCGCGUCACCAUUAUUCGCGAUUUCUGCAAGAAGACCUUCCCCACCACGCCCCUCCUCAACUUUGCGCUUGAGGUCGAGAAGCUCACCACCGCCAAGAAGCCCAACCUGAUUCUGAACGUGGAUGGUUGCAUUGCGGUCUGCAUGGUCGAUCUCUUCCGCCACUCUGGUGCCUUCACCAACGAGGAGGCACGCGAGUACCUCUCGAUUGGUACGCUUAACGGCCUGUUUGUGCUUGGUCGCACGAUCGGCUUUGUUGGCCACUUCCUCGAUCAGAAGCGAUUGAAGCAAGGCCUCUACCGUCACGACUGGUCUGAUAUCUCCACUCUUGAUCCCACCAAGUUCCCUGCCUCCGAAUAAGCGAGAUGAGGUGGAUUGGUGUUUCAAUGUUUUUGGCUUCUUUUGGGGUUUUUUUUUGUCUUUUUUUUUCGUUUACAUUUGAGAUAUUUUUCUUCCUGAGUUUGACUUGCAAAUGUCCCAGCUGUUCCUGUUUCUCUUGUUUUGUUUACUUUGUUUGCGUACCUGUUGAAGGGUAUCCAGUGUUGCUAUUUUGCGUUUCUAUGUCUUUGUAUUAUGGUCAUACACUCGAUAAUUUUGUGCU